UUUUAUUACGCAACGACAACUUUCCGGUGCAUGUAUACGACGAUUGUUUUACUGCAGGCGGCGCUUGCAUGCUUUGUUUACUAAAUGCGUUGUAUGUACACUAUGUUAAAAGUGUUAAUCUCGCGUUCCACGUAUCGGAGGUUAUCGCCAAUUUAUUUUUUGUAUUGUGAUAACGCUUGGCCAGUGGUGUGCAAGCAACCAACGAUGGCCCUGUUAUCUACUACCUCUCUGUGAAGAAGGGCUAUUGCCUGAAACGUCGCCUAUUACACGCUCGUUUCUUCUUAAAGUCCCACUGUUAUUGACAAAUGUGUUGCGUUGGUUGACUUAACGUGGGAUGAUUCGGGUUAAAUGCCUUCACUGUUACCGUAUUGUCCGGAUUAUAAGACGCUCUGGAAAGUAAGUCUCGUCAGGUCUCAAUAAAUGUCCACAGAUCUGGGGGCAUAUUUGAUUUGUUCCAAGGGUGAUCCCGUUUAGCCAGCUUUUCGGCUAUGUGGUGCAUGAGCACAGCAAUAACAAAAAGACAAAAACAUGAAUAUUGCAGAGGAGUUAAGGAAUUGCAAACGUGGGAGCAAGAUGCCCCAGAAACAGAGUUAGGUACAGGUGCUGGUAACCUCUGUGUGUUGGUCUGAUAGGGAAGUAAAUAAGUGGAGUGAAGGUAGGGAACUAAGCUGUAGAUUAGAGGCAAGGGUAUUCCAGAUCUGGUCUCAUGCCGGAUCUUAAGACGCACCUCCCAACUUUUCUUUAAAAUGCGGAAAAGUGCGUCUUAUAACCCGGAUAAUCGGGUAUUUGGGAUUCAGUAUGGUUCAUUUGUGGAUUGUUACGGGUUGGAGAUGGAGCAAUGAAAUCAGUUCGUGUGUAGAUGCUAGGUGGAUUGUCACAUCGCAAGAUUGAGGAGGCCUUCAUUCAGCAGUGGAUUGACCGUGGCUGAUGAGAGGGUUCACUUUGACUUAAAUGGGGAAGACGAAACAAAAGCGACCGAAGGAGGUGCAGUCGUUAACUAUGGAAGCCUUCUGCACUCGCAAACGUAGCAAAGCGGUGCCCUCAGAGGCCCUGGCUCAGGUGGCACCCGCGAAAUCGCCAGACCAUUCUCAGAACCUCAACAAUAAAGACACCGGCGCACCCAGCUCAGAGAACCAUGGCCCAGACAGAAAGGCCAACGACCCCAGCAGCAGCGACAGUGGCAGCAGGCGCACCUCAGGGCCAUCCAGAAAGCGCUUGGGUGACCGGCGAAAGCAUAUAUGGCGGAAGACACACAGGGAACGAAACCACUCCUCCCGCACGUUCCUUCAGCGCGGUGCUAGCAAGGUGACGGGCAUGGUGGCCGGGGAGGAGACCGGCAGUAAACGCUGCCAGGCAACAUUGCACAAGCCCAGCAGGAAAGAGAUAAAUGAGAGAGGAAAUCAAGCAGAGCCCAUGGUCGUCAAUCCAAUGCAGAGGACAGUCCUGUGUGACAUGCAGAACACGUGCCAGCUGAUCACGCAGAACACGUGCCAGCUGAUCACGCAGAACCGGCUCACGCAGCGCUUGGGACUUUUCAGCCAGAUGGUGGAGUCAAAAGAUAUCAACAAUUUGCAGGCCCAAGCAGCAGUUAAACCGUCCAAGACAAGAGGUGCUAAGAGUGAUAUGUGCCACAGAAAGAUACGGAAAGCGAAGCGGGAUGAAUCUCUCAGGUCGACUGCGCUUCAGUCCAAGGUGAUCGUUGAAUUGAUCAAAUCUCCUUCAGAAUUUUUACAAAUGGAGUCUGUGAGCCACAGCACGCCUCUUAGCUCGGCACGAGACAGAGCCUCUUUGUGUUCUUCUCUGCAAGGUUCACAGCUCGCAGCCGGCCAUGCGGAACGUGCUCACAGAAAUUCCAAAGCUUGCGAGGAGCCUGGCACAGAUGAAAGGGCUACAAAGACCCGCUCCACAGCAGAAAGCCUCAGGUCGCACACUGGUGUGGGCAGAAAGAAAAAGAAGAAUAAAAGGCACAAACACCAGGAGAAGCCAGAGUUAACCAGAGACAAAGAGAAAAUGAGUUGUUGCCCAAAAGAGACAGGCGGGGCUGACAACGAAUGCAUUGACUCUGGAUACUGGGACACAGAUACAGUGAGUUUGAUAUUUAAAGCUGCAAAAACCGUGCAGCACUUCUUGGAAUCUCGCACUUACUUCCCAGAUCGGCGCUUGGCGUUGGAGCACCGGCGCGUCCUCGUUUCAUGUAUAAAAUCAUCGCAACAUCUUGAAGGUCCAAGCCUUGGACGGAUGUCCUUUCCCGGGGUGGCGCCACCACCUACUCAGGUGAUAAAGGGACCCGACGCUCCGAAUGGUGCACCCCCGCCUAUGGUUCAGUCGCAGAGAGGGUUCUUUGAAAGGGGGCGAGAAACCAGUGCUUGCUACCAAAUGUCUGUAAGUGAAGUCAAAUGAUUGUCUGUUUUAUAACUCCCACCAUCACUGUUGAUUAUAGAUUGUUCUUUUGAAUCCAAUGCCAUAGCAUACAACCCACUUUAAAAACGUCACAUUUUUUGGUCAAAUGUUUUAUAUUAGCCUUUUUUCGAUUCAUGUAAGUGAAAAUGUGUAAUUAAGAUUAAGGGAAAACGUGAUGAAUGGCAAAGAAUUUAUAUUCACUGUUUUGAGCAGAAUAUGUGUUUCCAGACCUCGCUUCACAAGCAGGAGCAGGCCAAGUCCUUUCUGCAUGACCAUGCAGCAGCCCUGUGUCCACUCCCCACAAUGUUCCAUCCAGCAGCUGUCAGCCACCCCACUGUGAUGGCAACCCGUCUCCCGAACUUCCAACCUGCUGAUGUUGCCGCUGGAGGUGGCUGUUUUGAAAAUGUCUCUCAAAUCUGCCAGUUCCUGCCUCCAGCUGGGGUUACUGGCUUCACUCCAAAAGCAUGCGACCGACCUACUCUGAAGCCUUACAGGGGCCACCAGUCGGAGGUGGUGAGAUGUGAGAAUUUUUCACGGCGGUCAAGGGCAGCGGCUCAUAGCCCAGAAGAUGCGUUUGUGCGUGAUCACCAACCCUGCACGAGCAACGGCCACUUCUCUGCCUUUGUAGACAGCUGCCCAGUGCAUGUCGCCAGGCAGCCUGACCAGGCUAGGCCACGUGAGCAGUUUCCUUCGAAUGGCGAAUUUGCCUUUAAACAACACGAUAUGUGUAAGUUUCAUCGCGGUUUGUCGCAUCACCUACGUUAGCACGGAGUCGGCCCAUAACAAGGAGAGGUUCGACCAUCGGGCUAACACUCACCAGAAGUCUUUGUGUCACCCGGAGCCAGCAAAGGUUCCCACACGUCCCCAGCCCUCUUUUUCUGCCUCGGAUUACAGUCCGGAGGAGUGGCAGUAUCCCCGAAUGUGCAUGUUUUGAACGGUAUUUGACAAGUGCGUAAUUGUUGCUAGCCAAACACUGCAUAUUGGCACACAUUCAUAACUGGCGGGAAGCAGUUGUUUUGUGAUGUGGCUAAGAAGUGUUCGUAUUUUGUAAAGUUGUAUGAACAUUGGAUUAAUUCACUUUACAGUAAUUUGUGAAAAGGUUGUGGAUCAAUUUAUUUAGCCGUAUGACCAAUUGUAGCAAUUGCGUGAAGAUGUGUCAUUACGAUUCCAAAUGUGUGCAGCUUAUGUAAUCUCAAACGUGAAGGGAGUCACAUUUUUAAACAAGCAUCCAUCUUUCAGUGAAGCUUAUACUUUAUAUUUGCCUAAAACUAAGGUAUUUAUAUACAUUUUUCGAGGAAUUUAUAAAAGAACUGAUUUAACUCGUACAUGAAUAAAUGGGUUAACAGAUUACCCAGGUUGCACCUGAUUUAGUUUGAUCUUAGAAACUAAGCAGGUUUGAGGCUGGAUGUGCUUGGAUGGGCAACCACCAUGCAUAAACCAAAGGCUGUUGUGGGGCUGUAUUGCCACCAGAGAUAAGUGCAGAAAUAGCCAUUGUGAUAAUGUACCAUGCUCCACCUUCAAGUUGUUCUGACCAGUGUGAUGAAGUUGGGUCAAAUAUCCCCAUGAUCCACACAGCAUGGGGAAGAGGCCCUCGUUAGCAGUGGUUUGACAAAAGGGCUGCACAUGUACAUUACAAGAGUACCAAUUGAACAAACUGUUGAGAUAUAAGAUAUACAAUGUAAUAUAUAUUGUCUUUUGUUACAUUUUACAAUCUAAUGCAUGAAGGUAAACUUGUUCUUAUAAGUUACUUUUACUAUUCGAAACAUUUAUGUGGCUGAAACCAAUGCAACAUCGCUAGCACUAUGUAAUUUGUUGAAUUUGUUUAAUGUAUAUGACAAUAUUUUUGUCGAUUUUUAUAAUAUAUUUAAAAGUGGAAGGAAAUAACAUAAAUCUUGAGAGUUUUGCUUAUGUUUAAAAUUAUUUAUUUUUGAAACCACAUGCUUUGAUGUUUUGCGGCUUUUGCCCAUGCAUUCCUGCCUGAUUUGCAUUCAACUGUCUUGUUAUUUCAGGAAGCAAUGCAUUGCUUGGCAGUGUGUUUGAUUUUAACUUGCUGUACGACCUUGGUGGAAUCUGAGUGGAGAAUGUACGCUUUGGCCAAUCAAAAUAGGAAGUCGACGCAUGGCCAAGACCAAAAGGCUUCGUUUAACUAGACAGAAUCCUCUUCUUGGUUCUUUUGGUAAAGUCACGUAGAAGGGAAAUAAUAAAAUAAAACAUAAUAUAAUUCUCACGACGUUUCGGCCACAACGCAAGCAGCCGUCCUCAGGUGAAUAACAGGGCUGCUUGCGUUGUGGCCGAAACGUCGUGAGAAUUGUAUUUUAUUAUGUUUUAUUUUUAUUAUUUUAUUAUUUCCCUUCUACGUGACUUUACUGAAAGAACCAAGAAGAUGAAUCCCUGCAGUCACGAAAGCUUUAAAUCGAAAUUUAGACAGAAUCCUCUUAAUCUUUUUUUUUGCAUCAGAUAUCCUUUUUGCGGAUAUAAAAAAAACUAAUUUUGUCACAUUAAUUGAACUUAAUUCACGUGCAAAAAUUAUGGUUAUCCAUUCAUCAUAUGUAAAAAAAAAUGUGCGUGGUUGUACCGAUCAACAUCGCGAAAGUGCGUCUGAAAUGGGUUUUGACUCGCAAAUACCACUUUGUUAAUACACCGAUUGGUGUAUUUUGAUGGGUUUAACCAAAUUAUAUUAGCCGAAAAUGUAGGUUUUCCUAGCCAACAUCAUUAACGUAACUGACCUGAUAUUAUUGCGAGGUGGCAGAGGAUUGUGCACCCGUUGCCAACAUUUAAUAACUAAGAGUGGACUAGGUAUUUGAUUUCGUCGACUAGACUAGAAUUCCUGAGAUAAUCUUUAACAGAAAUCCACUGGCUAAGACUUGACUCACGAUCUGCAAUUUGUUGUGAAUUUUCUUAAGACCAUGACUAAGAAUGCGCACUGUCGCCAGUUUAGAGAGAGAUCUGUGGCUCAUUUCAUUGACGUAGUAAAAAGGAAGUUGGCUAUAAUUGCAUCACGUUCCAAAGUAAAGGUGUCGGAACCACCACACCUCUUCGUCAUUACCAAGGCCGGAGGAAAUGUUUACUGAGAUUUAAGAGUUAUGUUCGUUGUGCUAAAACAUCAUGCAUUACAACCCCCUGUCUGUAUUACAUAACAUCGUGGGUAAAAUAAAAACAGGGUGAUUAAAUUCAGGGAAUGUAUAAGUAUGAGCAAGCCAGUAUAUUUCGAGCCUGUAAAUGAGUAAAUACACUGCUGCCGUUA